AUGGGCGACGAACGUUGCUCCAUCCUGGACGACGGCGUCAUGUCGCUAACGGAGUCGGACCGCAACAGAAGCAAGCAGAGCCUGAACAGUCUCCGAGAGCGUCCAGGACUUUACACUACAGCUGAACCAUUUCCUAAUCCAUCCUGUUACUGCGAAAAAUACGACCCGAAGCAACUGGGAAAAGAAAACAAACAUAGUAAGAUUUUGCAGACAGCAGAAUUGAUAUCCAUGCUAUCGCCCGCAUGCCUGCCUUGUCACUUUGCAGAUUGGUGCACCUGCGCUGCCACAAAUGCCAUGCAGCUGCAGCUUUGGCCCGGCUAG